AUAGAUCGAUGUAUCGAUGCAUAGAAACGUUUGUUGGUAUAGUUUUGUAGUAGUUUGUGUAAUGCUGUUUAUUAAAAAUAAGGAAAUCCAUAACAGCAAAGACAUAGAAUGAAAUGCAAUGCCUCGGAUUCUAAUAUUCGCCGACGGAGAACUUUGUUUAGGUUACAAAUGGUUUAAACACAAACAUAAACCAAAAAGCCGCACUACAAGCCAUGGCACAUACUCAGCGAGUUCCAAUUUAUGGAACCAGACCACCAUGCGCUACACCUACUCGCUUGGAAGAGUGGCAUUCUCGUCUGCGGACGAUACGACUUGAAAGAGCACGUAAACCGGACAAGCCAGAGGAUUUCGUCGUCUAUGAAGGCUCAGAUGAGGAAGAUAACGCUGUUGCCGAGAAAGAAAUUCUUCGAACUUCGUACAAUUUUGUGGACUUUGUGAGAGGACGUGAGCUGGGUGGGAAUGACACCAGAUGUGUGCGUGCUGAAUAUGCUUCACGUCACAUACUUACACAUGAAAUGUUUAAAGAAUAUUCUGUAUCUCUUAAUAACAUGAACAAGGUGUUUUGUUCGCAGUGGCUGAGCGACAGACAAGUUGUCUUUGGCACGAAAUGCAACAAGUUGAUGGUCUACGAUGUCGUUAAACGUCAGUUGGAUCAGAUUCCUUCCUUGCAAGGUGUUCGAAGUUCAGCAAACCAGCAGCAAGAUCAACAAUGUGGAAUCCAUGCUGUGCAGAUAAAUCCAUCAAGAACAUUGCUUGCAACGGGAGCCCACAGCUCAAGUGAAAUAGCCAUAUAUAAGCUGCCCACACUAGAUCCUGUUUGUGUGGGAGAGGGUGCGCAUCAAGACUGGGUGUUUGACAUGUGUUGGCUUGAUGAUCAGUUCCUUGUAUCUGGAUCACGAGACACUCGCAUGGCCUUGUGGAGAGUGCAGUUGGACGAGCUUAUGGAUGGAGAAGAUGGGCCAUCUUAUAAACAUGUUCAUGCUUUGGCUACAAAGGAAUGCAGAUCAGCACAAAAAGUUAGGGCUGUAGCUUUCAACAAGAAUUUCCAGGAAAUUGCUGCCUUGUCUCUUAAUGGUUUCAUUCAUAUAUGGAAUGCUGAAACAUUUGAGCAGAAGUUUUCAAGAAAGCUGCCAUCAUGUCAAGAAAAUGUGUGUCUCGCAGUGCAAGAUACUGGAAUGUAUGCUGUUGGCUGUCGUUCCUACACUCUGCUUUUAGAUGCUCGAACUUUACAAGCUGUGAAAAAAAUAUCAACACGUUAUAGUGGCUGUGGUAUUCGAUCUGCAAGUUUUCAAGACAACAUUCUCACAAUAGGAACCGGUGUUGGUAUACUGAUGUUUUAUGAUUUAAGAGCAGGAAAAUAUUUGGAAUCCAACAUUAAUUCAAGCAGAACAGUCGUGCUGAAAGCGUCGAAAGGUUGGGUGUUUCCAGAUGAUGAGUACGUAGAUGGUUUUCAAAAUAUCAAGUACACUCCAGCAAUAUAUACCCAUUGCUAUGAUCCAUCAGGGACACGACUUUUCACAGCAGGUGGUCCAUUACCAGCAAAUCUAGAUGGAAACUAUGCUGGAUUGUGGCAGUGAUGUUUGGCUAUUGUAGGUUAUUGUUCAUAAAUGAGACUUUGAAGGAAAUUAAUUGACAUAAGUGUACUGCAACAUGUGAAGAGUGUAAAGUGCACUUGCAUUGACUGUUCUCCGCAGUUCCUGAAAUAAAUAUGCAAGAAAUUGGCACUGAUAAACUGAAAUUUACCAAAGAUGAGUUUCAUUUAUUUUUGUGGAGAUACAAUCUGUGGAGCUAUAGAUAUCUGCAUGUGCAUCUUUUGUUCUUUUACUUCAGCUCAGAAUUUUUUAAUAUUUAUUUGUGUUGUAAAAGUAUUUCCUUUUAAUUUUGGAAUUCUGUUGUCGCAAUACUUUUGUAUUGAAAGAGUGUUGUUUUAUUUAUGGUGUAUCAUUUACAAUUUUGUUAUCUUAAAAUUGAAAUGUUUACAGUUUCAUAGACUGAUUAAUAAUGGAAGGAAAAGAGAGUAACAUUGUUGGGGGUCAUAUAGCUGAUCAUAAUGACACAAGAAGUAGUAAUGAUUUUUAGUCAAUAGUGGUUUCAGAAUAGGGGCAGCCAAAUU